GAUCUGUGUGUGCAGCGCAAGGACACAGAGGCAUUUUUGAAAGAACACGUGGUUCUGUGUACCUUAAAGAAAUCUUCAUUUUCGCGUUGCUCAUACUGUAUAUACACUUGAUUAAUUCCAAACCUUUUUAUUACAUAGUUUCGUGACUAAUUUUGCACUGCUCUCGAGGUGGAAGUUUCGAUCUCGACCACGAUGGAAUUCGGAGAACCCGCCUUUUAUCGCAGAAGGCGUGAUAAUCGCCUGAAGCUGGCUCGGGCGAAAAGCUUGACUAGGAAGAACCUUCCAACUUUGCAAGAUCUCUGCAUUCAGGUCAUUGUGAAACCUGAAUACUUGAAGCUAUACUCUGGAGCUCAUUCAGCUUUUGAUGUUGAUUUUGUUGCCGGGACACUGAAAAAACGCUUGCUUCUGGCUUUUGGGACGAAGACACGUCGUCCUGCCUUAUCUCUGGAAGAAUUCAACGAUCGAACGGAUUUCAUGGUCAGAUUGAUGGACAAGCAGACUACGACUUUUGACUCAGCCUGCUUGGCGUUCGUCAAUGUAAGCGAUGUAUCAACACGUAUGACCACCAGGAAUAAAAUUGCUGUGUUUCGCUGUUUCAAUGAGAUCUUUGGGACUUUGGCAGCAAAAGGUGCAACUCUAAAAUCAUUGAAGCUGAGCACUACUUUGCCGACGGCAGGAGUAAAAUUUUUGGAGAGACUUUUGCCAGCUCCCCGCGCUAAUUUGUUGCAGCACCUGCAAGUUCUAAAAAUUUUUGGACAGCCUUUGCAAGACAAGGAUUUCAUGUGGAUUGGUGACCACCUGCCUGGACUUUGUUCACUGCACUGCAAACCCAAGUUGGUGACCGAGAGAGGAGUUCAGCACUUGGCACAUCUUCCCAGGUUGACUGAAAUGCUUACAGAAUUUGAUGAAUUUUCGGCAAUGCAUCAAAUGCCUGCAGUGGUUAAAAAAAUGUCCAUCUUCUUGAACUUUUGUUUGGUCUACCUGCCAAGAGUGCAAAUUGUUGGGAGAAGGAGUGAUUCGCCCUGCAUAUAUGACUCGUCUCAAGUCAUCAACUACGAGGUGCUUGACCGCAAUCAGCCCUACAGCCUGGAGCACCUCAGCCUGACUGGAUUGUCCCCUCGCAUCACUGACAAGCAAAUGAAACUUUUCUGCAAUGUUAAGGCUUUGAGGAUCUCCGAGUACUUGGGCGCCGAUGCGCUAUUUAAAUCUCCCCCAAGAUUGCCCAAACUGGAGAAACUCUAUGUCCUGAGAGAAAAUGACCCACACUGCCUAAUGAGACUUCUCAAUGUUUUUGGCCGCCAACUAAGGCUGCUGAUGCUUGACGAGGUCUAUUCGGUUGACUUUUGGGAGAUUGCCCGGCUUUGCCCCAACCUGAGAGUUUUGCAUAUUGUGGGGUACACCUUCGUCAACUUGCUUCCAACACCAUUGGCAUCCCCUUUUGUGGACUCCCUCCGAUCCUUGCACAUGUGCCCAAGUGGAAGAUCAGCUCAACUCUUGAUGCCACCAAGCUUCCUGCCCCAGAUCCUGAGCGCGCCGAAUUUGGAGUAUGUGAGUUUUACCAACGUCUUGUGGAGGGUUGACGAGUUGUCCUCUCUCAAGCAAAAAGUGGAGGCAGGACUGAUUUUUCAAAACCUGCGCGAUUUUGACCUGCUUCUUAGUCAAGACUCAGCUACCAGUGAAAUGCUUGAUUUCUGCAAAAGUUUGUGCGCCUUUGCCCCAAAAAUCAUGUACUUUAGUGCCUCCUGUUUAGCUAAUCUACAUGUUAACAAACCAUUCCAAGCUCUCAACUUAGCCAUGUCUGGUAGUGAAAGUGAAUCCAAAGACCCUCUGGACGAAUCCUUCCUCGAUGAACAAAUGUGAACAAUUAAGAAUAAUGAAGUAUUUUGAUUAAUUGCUCUGAUAUUUCAAUUUAUGGCUCUCUUCUAAUGAGACGGAAAAUACUUAUUGUAAAAUCCAGGUAAAAUCCAUAUCCUUGACGAACCAAUGUGACGAAAAAAUAAAUUUUGAUGAUAUCCAUAUAAUAUAUGGAUCUCUCUCCUCUGAUAUUUGAAUAUGGAUUCUUUAAUAAAACGAGAAUAUAUUUUACUUUACAAU